AUGGUGCUGGCCAUGAUGACAAGCCUGGACUCGGUGUUCAACUGCCUGUCCACCAUCUUCACUUACGACAUCUACAAACGCUUCCUCCACCCGGAGGCUUCGCGUCGUCGGCAAGUUUGGAUUGGCCAGCUGGCCACGGGUGUCGCUGCCCUUUGCGGGCUGGCCUGGCUCCCGAUGAUUGCCAACAGUGCAAACGGAUUGUACCUGACCACACAGAGUGCGCAAACUCACAUGUCUCCGACCUUGGUGGCAGUCUUCCUCGUGGGCCUUUUCUGGCCCAGGGCGAACGGACCAGGGGCACUGGCGGGCAUGAUCGUGGGCUUCACGGUUGGCAUCGCCAGGUUUGUGGCAACUCGUAUCGUGACCUGCGACGAGGGCGACACCUACAGCCUCACAUGUAUGCAGUUCAACCACAUGGCCUUGAUCCUCUUUGCCAUUGCGGCUGUCGUCACCGUCGUAGUGAGUCUUCUGACGAAGCCUCCGGAGCCAAGCCAAGUGCAGGGCACAACAUGGUGGAGGUCGGAUGCUGAAGGCUGCGAGGAAGAGGCUGGCGGCAACCCUGGUAUCGGCUCCCUCUGCGCUGCUGGGAUUCUGCUGAUGACAAUGGCCGGUCUCUGUCUGGGCUUCGGUUACAGCGGCGUGGACCGCCAACUGGUCGUGGGAGGAUCACUGCUGGCUCCAGUAGGCAUCGCAUGCGUUGCCGUCGUGUUUGUCGGUGGAGCAACUCUUACACGACUUCGCGCCUCCAGGAGGCGCAAGGCCAAGCAGAUCACGGGGCUUCAACCUGCCGACUGCGAAGCAGACAAGAAGGCUGCGGAAGAGCCCGCGAAGGACGAAGGCAUUCCCGGAUGUUGA